AUGGCCGGACAGUCAAAGGUGGAGGCCAUUCCUCCCUGGGGUCUUGCAGUCGCGGGAGCUACGGGCGCAGUCAUUGCGAAUGCAUUGGUUUAUCCUUUGGACAUAGUCAAGACCCGUCUUCAAGUCCAAGUAAAGCGCAAAGCAACAGAUUCUGUUCCGACGGGAGUUGACUCUACCCAUUACACCUCGACAUGGGAUGCCAUUUCGAAGAUUGUUGCUGAAGAGGGGAUUUCGGGUCUGUACGCCGGUAUCAACGGCUCCCUCAUCGGGGUCGCCUCAACCAACUUUGCCUACUUCUACUGGUAUUCGAUUGUUCGAACCCUCUACCUUUCAUCACAAAAAGUUCCUGCGCCUCCUAGCACAGCGGUCGAAUUGUCCCUCGGGGCCGUCUCGGGAGCUAUAGCUCAGGUCUUCACCAUUCCCGUGGCCGUCAUCACCACCCGCCAGCAAACACAGGGCAAAGGCGAGAAGAAGGGGAUAAUUGAUACAGCUCGCGAUGUUGUUAACAGUGAGGAUGGGUGGACUGGCCUUUGGAGGGGUCUCAACGCCAGUUUGGUGCUCGUCGUCAACCCUGCCAUCACGUACGGCGCAUAUCAAAGGCUGAAGGAUAUUAUUUUCCCGGGCAAGGUCAGCCUCAGACCUUGGGAAGCUUUUGUGCUCGGAGCAAUGUCAAAAUCUUUGGCGACAAUUACAACCCAACCCCUGAUUGUUGCGAAAGUUGGGCUUCAAUCAAAGCCACCCCCAGCUCGGGAAGGGAAGCCGUUUAAGAGCUUCAUCGAGGUGAUGAAGUUCAUUAUCAGCAACGAAGGUUUCUGGGGCCUGUUUAAGGGCAUUGGUCCGCAGAUAUCGAAAGGCCUUCUUGUCCAAGGCCUCCUGAUGAUGACGAAAGAGCGCAUGGAAUUAUUGUUCGUUCUCCUCUUCCGCUAUCUUAGAAAGCUCAGGUCGGCCCAGCUCCAGAAAGCAGCGCAAUUGGCGGCGUCCAAGGCCAUAGCGAAGUAG